UCAUGGCCUUUGCCUGUGGAAUUUUAGAGUUUGCUUUCAUUAUGUCACUAUGGAAAGUUUGGGCCAAGGCUUUUAGCAAUGUAUAUGAAGUAGUUUCAUAUGUGACUUCCAUGACACCAGUUCUUGCAAUUGCCAUCUUUGUAGAUUCAUUUCAAACAACACUUCAAGGUAUUGCAAGAGGAUGUGGUUGGCAGAAACUUGGUGCAUUUGUUAAUCUAGGAUCAUUUUAUCUUGUGGGAAUUCCUUUUUCUGCUGUCUUGGCUUUUAUCUUCCACAUGAAGGGACAAGGGCUCUUUUUAGGUCUUGUGACAGCACUUAUUGUGCAAGUGGUGUGUUUUCUUAUUGUCAUUUGGCGUACCAAUUGGGAGAAAGAAGCAAACAAGGCAGCAAUAAGAGUGCAAGGAAACGGAGUCCAAGCUAAUGUACUUCCACUGCUCAAUAGUUGA